AGCUCUUGCUACGCCGGGGGCCCAAACCCUGCAAAGCUUCCGUGGGAUUUAACCCGCGCGGAAGGGAAGUGCCUGUUCUACAAGGCAGGCUGCAGGUCUCAGACCACAACGCCCCAGUGCCAAGGCGGGACGCUCACUCCUCAGGCACCCGGUGCUUUGGAGCCCUUGGGGCGCAGCAGAGACGGGGGGCUGGACAGGGCAGCCACUGACCACAACAUUGAUAACACCACGGAGAUCCUCCGAGAGUGGCUGAAGAAUGUGCAAAAACUGUAUCACUAUGUGGAGUGGCGGCCUAUGGAGGAGCCUCAGUCUUACCCUGAUGAAAUUGGGCCAAAACACUGGUCGAGCUUCAGGUUUACCCACGUGAUGAAACUCAGGCAGGCAGCCCUGCGAACUGCAAGAGAGAAGUGGUCUGACUACAUCCUGUUUGUAGAUGCAGAUAACUUGCUCACCAAUCCUGACACCCUGAACCUGCUGAUAGCGGAGAACAAGACUGUGGUGGCGCCAAUGCUGGAGUCCCGCUCUCUCUAUUCUAAUUUCUGGUGUGGCAUCACCCCUCAGGGCUAUUAUAGAAAAACCCCGGAUUAUGCCCUGAUCAGGGAAUGGAAGAGGUUGGGCUGCUUUGCUGUCCCGAUGGUUCACUCCACAUUCCUCAUUGACCUGAGGAAAGAGGCCUCAGACCAGCUGAUGUUUUAUCCUCCACACCAAGACUACACCUGGACUUUUGAUGACAUCAUUGUCUUUGCCUUCUCCAGCCGCCAGGCAGGCAUUCAAAUGUACAUCUGUAACCGAGAACACUACGGCUUCCUCCCGGUGCCGCUGAAACUGCACCAGACACUACAGGAAGACGUGGAGAACUUUGUCCAUGUGACAAUCGAGGCGAUGAUUGAUCAUCCUCCAGUCGAGCCUUCGCAAUAUGUCUCCAUUCCCCGAAAACACCCAGACAAGAUGGGAUUUGAUGAGAUUUUCAUGAUCAACUUGAAGCGUCGAAAAGACAGACGGGAUCGAAUGCUGCAGACACUGUACGAGCAGGAGAUUGCAGUCAAGAUAGUAGAGGCUGUGGAUGGCAAGGCAUUGAAUACAAGUCAGCUGAAAGCUCUGAAAAUUGACAUGAUGCCUGGUUACAAGGAUCCUUAUUCUUCCAGGCCACUAACCAGGGGGGAAAUUGGCUGUUUUCUUAGCCACUUCUAUAUCUGGAAAGAGGUAGUGAACAGAGAGUUGGAGAAGACGCUUGUUAUCGAAGACGACGUGCGCUUUGAGCAUCAGUUUAAGAGGAAGCUCAUGAAACUGAUGGAUGAUAUCGAGCAAGUUCAGCUAGAUUGGGAGCUCAUCUACAUUGGUCGGAAAAGGAUUCAGGUGCAGCGCCCUGAGAAGGCCGUGCCUAACGUAAUGAACCUUGUAGAAGCAGAUUACUCUUACUGGACCCUGGGUUAUGCAAUCUCCUUUGAAGGGGCCCAGAAACUAAUUGCAGCUGAACCUUUUAGCAAGAUGCUGCCGGUGGAUGAAUUCCUGCCGAUCAUGUACAACAAGCACCCUGUGUUUAGAGGGGAUUGGAAGUUGUGGCACUUGAAACAUCAGCAACCAGUUUGCGAGCCCUGGCAGAGCUGUGCUGGAACCGAUGCCCGGAGGAGAUUGUGAGAAAACUGAUGGCAUGGACGUAACCGCUGUUAUCUCUCGGCUACCUCUGCUCCCACGGGAGAUGAGGGGAGAUUUACCACUGACUUCAGUGGCAGCAGAGUUAGGCCAACCCUGAACUCGUCUAAAAAUCCCACCCAACCAGUGCAAAUCAGAAAUGAAGAAUUAAUUUUUCAUUGGCAUAUCAAGUGCCAACUCCCAGGAAUCUCUGCCACCAUGGGUCUACAGUCCCAGGAGAAUUUCCAGAUGGGCCUGAUACGCUUCCAAACACUGUUAUGCAAAUAUGCUGUUCAGAUAACUGCAUUUCUCAGUCAUGAUCAGGAGGGUUAGCCAACAUCCUGGGGAACUAUGUCCCUUACCUAAACCAGGUGGCAGGCACCCCAUAAAAACGUAGGUGGGACAAAGGAUUUUUGGGGUUUUCUCCUCCUUUGUCGCUGGGGCAGUUCCUCUCCAGUUACUGAAACCAUUCUUCACUUUCUGUAAGUAGGGUAAAGUUUAGAUAAAUCCGUUUGAUUGUUUUAUGGUUUGGGAAAUGGGAUCUGAUAUCUGUACACUUUAAGAUUUUGGGGGGAAGUUUUAUACCAAAGCCUGGUAGAUAAGGGUUUCGGGUACUUUUGCUAGCCCCCACUCCUGCAU